AUGGCGAUGAUGAUGACUGGCCGUGUGCUGCUGGUGUGUGCCCUCUGCGUGCUGUGGUGCGGUGCCGGCGGGGUUUAUGCGAGGGACAUCGACAACAAGGCACUGGGCGAUUGCAUGACCUCGGGAGUGUUGGUUACGAAUUGUUCCCAUGUGCCUAGUGGGUGUGAUAAAACCGCUCCGAAGCCGCCUUUUCGGUCAGCGUUGCCCAUCACUGUCUUACAGGCCGAUGCUUCUGAGGGAAAAGAUCUUACAUCGCAAGGGGAUAAUUUAAAUUCAAGUGAAUCUUCGGGUACCGGCGCUCCUGGGAAAGCUUCUGAAAACCCCGGUGGAAUUCCGGGGACCGAUGACAGCUCUGGUGGUGGCAGCUCUGGUGCUGGUGGAAAAGAGGCAAGGCGGGAGGCGGAGGGCAUGAACGAAGCGUCUAGUGGCAAACAAGUAACAAAUGAAAAGGAAGUAUUAUCACCAGCAGGGGGAGGAAGUGCGCCAGAUCCUAACGGCACCCAUAAUUCACCAGAAACCAAUGCAGUAAACUCAGCGUCAGAAAACGAGCCGGAGUCCAACUCACUGGAACGGUCUUCAGAGGAUGGUGAGGCAGGGCAACAAGAUGAGGAGGCAGACGCACAGGGAACACAAGAAACGGAAGUGAGGCAAGGAACAGCAGCAUCACCCGUCUCCACAAGUGGCAGUGGUGGUGCCCAGAGUGAGGCGGAUGCGGAUGUUGACGACCCUCAACGGCCUAACCCCGAAGGACCGCAGAACGACGGAACCGAAGCUGGCGAUACCCACGGUCCAACUGCAGUCAGCGAUGCAGCACCACAAGCAGCAAAAGCAAUCACCGCUCAAACAAAUGGUACGGUGACACCUGGCGACAGUGACGGCAGCACCGCGGUCUCCCACACCACCUCCCCUCUUUUGCUUCUUCUUGUUGUUGCGUGCGCUGCUGCUGCGGUGGUGGCCGCGUGA